CCUGGAUCUCCGUACCCUAACGGCCAGCCCCACGCUAGACCCUUGAAUCGCGGGGCAACGCGCAACCAGCAGCGAGUGACGUCUUCCUAUGUGCAAACUCUCUGCUGUGAUAGUAAACAACACCCCAAAAACAACCCUGCCAUGGCUUCCAACAUCCUCUUCCUCCCCUUCCGGCGGUCGCAUACCGUAAACCUCACCGAAGCCAUCAAGCAGUACAUAUCCUCCAAAUAUGACCAACAUCCCGACAUGUUCAAGAGCGACCUCGAGACGAUCGAGAAGCUGCGUUCCACAGCUGUACACGCGCAAGACCCGCAUCCGAGUAACAUCCCUAAGCUACAGCAGUACGCGGCGCAGCUGGUAUGGCUGAGCGGAAAGUUCCCAGUCGAUAUUGGCGUCGAGUUCCCAUGGUAUCCGGCUUUGGGAUACAACACGAGUCGCCCAGUAUCGCGCAACAACCUCCGUUUCGAACUCGCCAAUAUCGUCUUCAACCUGGCUGCCAUGUACUCGCAGCUGGCCAUGUCGUCGAAUCGAAGCACACCAGAGGGGCUGAAGACGGCUGCCAACAACUUUUGCCUGGCUGCCGGAGUGCUGUCAUACCUGCGAAGCAGCGUCCUACCCGAGUUGCGGACUGAACCUCCAGAGGACAUGGACCUCAUGACCUUGGAGUGUCUAGAGAAGCUCAUGUUGGCACAGGGGCAAGAGUGCUUCUGGCAGAAGGCUGUCAAGGACGGCCUAAAGGAUGCAACCAUAGCAAAGCUUGCCGCUCGCGUAUCGGAUCUCUACAACGAGGCUGGGGAUGCGGGCAUACAGUCAGACUCGAUUAGCAGCGAGUGGAUACACCACAUGACAGCGAAGCAUCACCACUUUGCUGCUGCCGCCCAAUACAGAGCAGCCUGCGAUAGCCUGGAGAAGCGCAAGUACGGCGAAGAAGUGGCACGCUUACGCGAUAGUCUAAUCUGCGUCAACGAUGCCCUCAAGGAGCAGCGCUAUAUCAACAAGCUCGUACUCGCUGAUCUCAAUGGGCUGAAGAACAGGGUCACCGAGGAUUUAAAGCGCGCAGAAAAGGACAACGACAUGAUCUAUCUACUACCCGUCACUCCGAAAAGUGAACUGAAAAUUCUAGACAGAGCGAACAUGGUCGUGUCGCGGAUACCCAAGGAAUUGUCGGAAUCCAACUCGAUGCUUGGAGACAAGGGCGAACUUGGCCCUGCUCUCUUCUCAAAGUUAGUCCCUUACUCUGUGCAUCUGGCCGCCAGCAUCUACGUGGACCGUCGCGAUCGACUAGUCAACAACACUAUCGUCGAGGAACUUGAGGCCCUUACAAACCAAAUCCAUGAAGUCCUCCGUAGUCUCAACCUUCCAGGCUCGUUACAGGCCCUCGAAAAGCCUCUAGGAAUACCGCCAGGUCUCCUGGCUCAUGCUGAGGAGAUUAGGCAGCAAGAUGGUAUCAACCGAUUGUUGCGCUCAAUGGAAGACACAAAGAAACUGAAGGAUAGUGAUCAUGCAAUCUAUCAGGAAGGCGUCGAUACCCUCAAAUCCGAAGCAGUCGAGGAUGAAGGCGCUCGCCGAAGAUAUGGGACCGUACAUUGGACCCGACCAGCGGCCGAACAAGCAGCCCCCAAGUUAUAUGGCCAAAUUAAUGAGAUCGAUGGCUACUUCAAGGCCGCAGCACACAGCGACAACGUUGUCAAGACGAAACUGAAAGAGAACGAAUACUUCAUCCACUUGCUGAGCGGAUCAGAUCAUGAUCUCGAAAAUUAUGUGCCAAGCGGUCGGAGACCCGCGAUUACAGGCGACGUAGAACGAGAAGCUGGCAAGUUGCGUGGAUGCUUCAAUGAAGUCAGUCGACUUGAGAGUAGGCGACGACGAAAGAUCGAAGCUUUGAGAACGAAGGCGAAGCAGGAUGACAUAAAUCCAGAACUACUACGCGAAGCCGCUCGAUUGGAAAGGGAAUACCCUAUGCAAACCAUCGAGGCUGUGCAGUUUGAGAGCCUCUUCGACAAACGACUCCAAAUGUACGAUGUCGAACAAGAUAUGGUACAAGAAGAGGACAGAGAGCAGGCAGAGGCAAUCAAACGGUUGCAAGACGCGAACGCUACCUUUUUGUUAGCUCGUCGAGGAGACCAGUCGACCAAGCAGCGCGAACAGGCGUUACAAAGCCUUGAGAACGCUUACUUCAAAUACAAAGAAAUCAUCUCGAAUCUCGACGUCGGCCGAAAGUUCUACAAUGACCUCGCCAAGAUCGUGAAUCGAUUCCGGGAUGAUGUGCGCAGCUUUGCAUACCAGCGGAAGUCGGAAGCUUCUCAAAUUGAAGCGUAUGUGUAGAUCCGUUCUUUUCUCAACUUCCACUGACUGGUUUAUAGCGACCUUGCAACGCAAAUGAGCUCUCUCAAUCUCCAACAAGCGACUUCGACCUCGUUACAGCAACAGAAGAAGGCAGACGCACAGAGCUCGCAAUACGGUGCCAGUGCACACGCAGCUGCACCAUUAACUGCUCCGACACCUACAAGAGCUAGCAUACCGCCAGCAGGAAUGUGGACGCCAGAGGUUGGUAUUAGGUUUGGUGGGGUGCCCACGUCAUCUGGCAACGCUCGACCAUCAAAUGGUCCUCCACAGGAUGGGCGAUGGGAUCCUACGCAGGGGUUGAAGUUUGGGUAGAACGGUACAGGCAAUCACGUCGGGAUGUCUGGUCGUUUUGACAAUGGGAUAUUCAUUGAUAGCGACUACAGUUUCCUGUCUGGAACAGACGGGAAAGUUUUCGGAAUG